GCGUGCUGACGUCAGCCAGGCAGCCCAGCGAAAGAACGCCUGUGUGUUGGAAUGUGGAGACUUGCACUUCCUUGAACAAACGCACGACUGAGAAAGAAAAGUUUGAAAAAUCUCCAAGUCUACGAAAACAAUCGACGAGCAGCAGAUCAUUUUAAUCGCUAGCUCUUGAUUGGCUCGGAAGCCAGAAUGGCGGCAGAGGCGGCCUAUCCGGUGGCCAUGGGUGUGUUCUCUGGGGGCGUCGGCCUGGAUGAGGAGGCGGGGCCUAGUGCGGAUCUGCCCGCCCCACAACUGGUGAUGCUGGCCAAUGUGGCGCUGACGUCGGAGGUGAUGCUGGGAGGGGGCGGGGUGGAGGAGGAGCGGGAGAUGGCGGAACUCCAGACGGUUGCCACUAGCUACAGCGACGCAGAGGAAGAGGAUGAAGAUGAUGAUGAUGAGCUGGAGAGAUAUGCAUACGAACAAGCACACGCACACGCACACACCUACGCGGAGCAGCCACACACUCACACCGCACACACACACACGUACGCAGACACACACUCUCACAUGGUGGAGGAGAGCAGAGUGGACGAGGUGGAGGUGGAGACAGUCGUCGUGGAGACAGUCGUCGUGGGCGGAGUUAAUAAUGUGGCGACAGCAAGAGCCCCUCCCACUAAGGAGACGUCACAGAUAUCCCUGAGGCGCAGGCCAACUCCCGUCCAGAGAGCAGUAGUGGAUCCAGCAGCGGCUGCGGCGGUGUUGUCCCCCGACACCAGUAAGAAGCGCAAGCCCCUGCACUGUAAACCAUGCCACUACCAGGCGUCUAAUGAAGAGGAGUUUAUCGAGCACAUCCGCAUGCACAGCGCCAAGAAGCUCAUCGUCGUCAACGGCGCCAGCGGAGAGGAGGAGCCAGCCAAUGAGGUGCCGGCAGGCCCCAUGCCCCCUGACAUGGCCGCCGGGGGUGAGGGGCCAGAGGGGCUGGCCAAUGGGAAGGGAGUGAUCCGGUGCGAGAGGUGUGGCUACAACACAAACCGCUACGAUCACUACAUGGCUCACCUGAAACAUCACAACAAGGAGGGCAGCGAGCAGCGCGUUUACAAGUGUACUAUCUGUGCCUAUACUACAGUGAGUGGCUACCAUUGGAAGAAACAUCUCCGUAACCACUUCCCCAGCAAGCUGUUCACCUGCAACCAGUGCUGCUACUUCUCCGACCGCAAGAACAACUACGUGCAACACAUACGCACACACACUGGUGAGCGUCCAUUCCGCUGUCCGUACUGCGAGUACUCGAGUUCUCAGAAGACUCAUCUCACACGACAUAUGAGGACACACUCUGGUGAGCGUCCGUUUAAGUGUGAGAGCUGUAGCUACUUAGCAGCCAAUCAGCAUGAGGUGACGCGUCACGCCCGCCAGGUGCACAACGGGCCCAAACCCCUCAGCUGCCCCUACUGCCAAUACAAGACUGCAGACCGCUCCAACUUCAAGAAGCAUGUGGAGCUCCACGUGAACCCUCGUCAGUUCCUGUGCCCCGUCUGCAAGUACGCCGCCUCUAAGAAGUGCAACCUGCAAUACCACAUCAAGUCACGCCACCCCGGCUGCCAAGACAUCACCAUGGACGUCUCCAAGGUGAAGUUGAAGAAGAUGAGGAAGCCGGAUGACGGCUCGGUGAGUGACAGCGGCUCGAGUCCCACCUCUUCCCCCGAGCCCGCCGUGUCACCCCCGGUGACGACCCUUCGACGACCCCGAGAUGAGGACACAGCCCCGGAUACAGGCAGCCCCGUCAACCUCUUCACUCCCAAGAGGAGGCUGGAGAUGGAGACAGACACCCCCUCUAGUGACCGCAAGAGGAACUGCAAGCAGGAGAAGAGCAUGAAGAAGACAGGAGGAGGAGGGCAGAAAGGAGGAAGAGUGGAGACACCAGGGAAGGAGAACGGAGUGAAGGAGAAGAAGAGGAGAGGAGAAGGCGAGGGGAGGGAGGUGUCCAGGGAGAGAGAGAAGGGAGCAGGAGGAGGGAAACUGAGGAUUGUGGAGGAAGAGGAGGAGGAAGAAGAGAUGGAGAUGGAGGUGGAGAAGAGGAGGAGAGGGGAGGAGGAGGAUAAGAGGAAGGAAGAGAGGAGUCAGAAGAAGGAAGAGAAGAAGACUCCUAAUAAGAAGGCAACCAAUCGGCUGUUGAAAGCCCAGCAGAGUCCCGCCCCCACAGUGGAGCUUGCGAAUCAGAAAAGCCCCGCUGCUCCAGUAGAGCCCGCCCUUAAAGAAGGUUCCGGAGUGUUGGCUGACGUCACCAUGGGAACCAAGAAGAAGGUUGCCAAGAGGAAACAGCAGCAGCAGCAGGAGAAGACGACGACGAACGCAGAGUCACACACACCUGAAGACACACACACACACAUACACACCAGCAGUAGCUCUCCCAAACCCAAACGCAGGAAAGCAGAGCCCACAGCACAGACACACACCAACACACACACCCAGAACACCCAGCCCCCACCUGUGUCCUGCGACACCCCUCCCCCCACCCCGGAUCAGCUGGUCACUUCCCCCUUGGCUUCCCUCUCACCAAUCAGAGUCAAGAACAAACCUGGCAACGCCCACCUCAGCUCCCCAUUGACGAAUCAGGACGGACCGCUCACCCCGACCUCGCCCACAUUCCACAUCCCGCAUUCCGCCACAUCUGUGCCCGGAUUGGCUCCUCUCAAAUGCCCCUCCCCUUUGAUGAGGAAGUCCGACGACACCGACAGUCUGCAGCCAGAGAAGAGGAUGGAAAAGAGGAAAGGAGAAGGAGAAGAAGAAGGAGAGAGAGAGGGGGAGAAGAGAAAGGAAGAGAAGAAGAAGGCUGUCGUGCAGCGAGAUGGAGUGAAAGAGAAGAGUAAAGAGAAAGAGAAGAGUAAAGGAAAGGAGAAGGGAGGAGUGAAGAAGACGACCGCCAAAAAGCAGCAGACCAUUACCGAGUGUCUUCCAGCCUCCAAGCAGCCUGUCCAGCCCCAUCCCCCCACAGACCAGCCGAGGCCGCAGCCCCCCCAGGAGCCGAUGGAGACUGGGGGAGAGCUCCAGACCCCCCAAGACCCCCCCGCACCCAUCAGCAUCCCUGAACCACCCAAAACCACGCUGGGAAAGGACAAAACCACACCGGAUAAGCCCCAAAACUUGCCGGAUGUGCCCAAAAUCACACCAGAUACGCCCAAAACCACAUCGAAUACGGCCACAAUCUUGCCUGAUGUGCCUGGUGGUAAACCAGAUGUGUCUAAAAUCACGCAGGAUGUGCCUAAUAGUAAACCCGAUGUGGCCAAACCUAAACCUGAGCUGCCUAAAACUAAACCAGCCCAGCUAAAAAACACCACGUCGCCUUCUUCUAAAACCACCUCGUUGCCUUCUUCUAAAACCACCAUGUCGCCUUCUUCUAAAACCACCACGUCGUCUUUGCUUAAAACCAGCUCCGAUCUGCCCAGAUCCACAUCGCAUCUGGCCAAAAACACAUCAGAGGUGCCGAAAACCUCCGCAGGCGUAACCAAGAGCCCGUCAGACGUGCCCAAGACUACCACAAACGGGCCCAAGACUACCACAAACGAGCCCAAGAUCGCAACAGAAAUGCCCAAGACUGCCACAAACAUGGCUAAAUCCUCGGCAGGUCUGAGCAAGAGGACUGCUAAUGUGCCCAAGAAGACCGCAGAUGUGCCCAAAUCUGCCACAGAUGUGUCCAAGACCUCCGCAGUUCAGACUAAAAUCACAUCACAUCUGCCCAAGUCUGCCACCGUGUGCCAGUCCAAGCCAGAGCUGCCCAAAACAGACACGGAGAAAUCUAAAACUGACACAGUCAAAACGCCAUCAAAUGGUUCCAAAACUUCCCCUGCCCUGCCUGAAGCAUCACUAGAUCUUCCCAAAACACAAUUGAAUCUUCCCAAAACACCAUCGAAUCUUCCUAAAACACCAUCGAAUCUUCCCAAAACACCAUCGAAUCUUCCUAAAACACCAUCGAAUCUUCCCAAAACUCCAUCAAAUCUUCCUAAAACAUCAUCGAAUCUUCCCAAAACACCAUCGAAUAUUCCUAAAACACCAUCGAAUCUUCUCAAAACACCAUCGAAUAUUCCUAAAAAAACAGAGGUUUCCAAAACACCAUCAGUUCUCCCUAAAACGUCAUCAGAUCUUCCCAAAACUACUCCAGCCCUGACUGAAGCGCCUUCGGGUCUUCCGGAAAUACCAUCAGAUGUUUCCAAAACGGCACCAGAUCUUCCCAAGACAUCCUCAGAUCUUCCCAAAUCACCAUCGGAUGUGUCUAAAACUCCUCCAGCCCUGCCUAAAGAUGUUUCGCCGCAGCCCGAGGUUGCUGAGGACCUGGAGGAAGAGGAGAUGGCGUUGGACCUGUCCAGAACCUCCACCCUCCCCAGGACCACGUCGGAACCGGAGACGGCGCUGGACCUGUCCAUAUCGGCUACAACAAAGCAGCCCAAAGCUACUUCACAUAUUGCCAAGGCGGCGACCACGAACCCACGGCCCAAACCUGCCCCAAAACCUGCCAAAACCACCCCGACUUUACCUAAACUCACCACAACAAGCACGGCCAAAACCACCCCGACUUUGCCCAAACUCACCACAACAAGCACGGCCAAAACCACCCCGACUUUGCCCAAACUCACCACAACAAGCGCGGCCAAAACCACCCCGACUUUGCCCAAGCUCUCCACAAACGCGGCCAAAACUACCCCGACCCCAACCUUGCCCAAGAUCGAUGCAGGGCUCCCCAAAACGACUGCAGAGCAAUCCAAGAUGACUGGCCAUGGACUGCAGAGUGCUGAGGAGCCUAUUGUACCCCAGCCUGCCCCUAACGUACCCCAACCCCAGCCAGCCUCUGAACUGCCCCAGGCCCAACUGCCCCAGCCAGCCUCUGAACUGCCCCAGCACCCUGUGCCCCUGCCCCCUGUGCCCCAGCCGAGGCCCUGCAACACCCCAUCUAGUCCUGAGGUGCCUCCCACUCCCACACCUCCAGAGGAAGACACAGGGUCUCCCAGCCCAGCUGUGCAGGGGCAAGGGCCGGGGCCGGUGGGGGGUGUGGCUAAUAAGCGUGGAGAGGCGGGACUUGAGGAGGACGAAGGCAUCCAGAUCCACGAUGAGAGAGGAAGUGACGUCAGCGAUGACGCCGCCUCUGAACGCAGCGUGGACUCCGGCCUGCGGGGGGGAGGAGGAGGGAGCGGGGGGGUUACCCCGGCAACAGAGCCCCCCCACACCCCCACAGACUCCCUCCCGUCGCCCACGCAGUCGCUUCCUUCGCCACCGCGCAACAGCAACAACAAGGGCCUCACACACACACACACGCAAACACACACACCCCCGCCACUCACACACACCCCCCCACAGCUCAGCAAGGAUGCGGUGGAGCCGCCACAAACACACACGUCUCCGUCGUCACAAACACACACGUGUAUCUUCUGUGACCGCUCGUUCCCGGGGGAGAUGGACUAUCGCCGCCACCUCAGCAGACACCUGGUCAACGUCUACUACCUGGACACGCCCACCAACACACCUGCACCCACACCAGCACCCGCAGGGAAGCAGUAGACACACACACACACACACACACACACACACACACACACACACACACACACACCUGGGGAAACCGCAGACAAACACACAUACAGACAGCAGAGGCAAUGUGCACAUUCACACAAGUGCCCACACAUACAAGGUGUACAGUACAUGUUGAUCAUCCACCACACACACACACACACACACACACACACUCACACACACACACACACACGGAUGGACGUUACGGGACUAAAACUAAUACUUCCAAACCCCAGCUCCUUUUGAUGAUUUUUGUUACGUUAACACACAUACUGUAUUUACUCAUCAGCUACUGUAUUAUUUGUUCAUCUGCUCUUCAUUCCAAAGACUUUUUUUUCUUAAAGAUCAGAUUAUCAGAUAGCGUCAUAAAUCAGUUGUUGGAUCAGAUGCGUGCGUGUGUGUGUCCUUGCUCUAGACUGCCUGUGUGUGUGUGUCCUCGCUCCAGACUGCCUGUGUGUGUAUGGACGAGUUUAGAUAGCUUCAUGAAUCGGUUAGAUGUGUGUGUGUAUGGACGAGUUGCCUUGACAAUCAUCAUUUUUUUAAUUUCCUUUUUGGUGACCCUGUGGGUGCAUGACUGCUUGGAGACACACACACACACACACACACACACACAACCUUACCUUCCAAAGUAUUCGUUCGUUACUAGUUUAUGUCUCUGUUGCAACAUGUAUCUUGUUUCAUGUUCACUCUCCUAUGUAACAAACCGCAUCCAAGAUGACAAUGAUGCCUUUUCACACACACACACACACACACACACACACACACACACACACACACACACACACACACACACACACACACACACACACACGAUAUCCCCUGCCUCCCCUCCCCUCCCCUGUGCAAUAUUCUCCUUAGCUCAAUGCCAAAGCUUUAAGGGGUCUGAAGAAGCCUCGUGAUUGGACAGGCCGGACCCUCAAGACCCCGCCCCUGAAAACGCACUCACGAGCCUAUUAGAAAGCCCCUUAUUCUCUCAGCCUAUUAGAACGCUCCUUAUUCUCUCCUCUCCUAUCAGUAGCCUAUUAGAACGCCCCUUAUUCUCUCAUCUCCUCUCAUUAGCCUAUUAGAACUUCCUUUUUAGUGUGACCCUCCCCUUCCUGUUGUCAUUUCUCUGGUGCAGUGUGAUUGGUUAUCUCUGCACGGAGACAUGUUAGGACUGUAAAUAUAUAUUUUAUGUUUAGCCCCUCCCUCCCACACCUCAUCAUGUGUCUUUAACGUCUUGUACGGUUGUGAACCCUAUGACCAUGGACUUAACUAUAUACAGACACCACCAUUUGAAUAGCAGUGAAUGGGCGUGAAUGGGCACUGCCAUGUUUGAUUGAUUGUUGAGUGAACAUUAAUAGUGAAACAAAAAACUCUGGGUCCAAUCUUUUUUUUUACUCGCACCCAAAGUAUUUUUGCAUUGGGCGCAUUCGUGAUGGCACAUGUCGUGGUAGUCUAUUUCGCACUGCAAAGUUACAAUGCAUUCUAGUUGGACAAUUCUAACCAGAAUCCACUGUAAUGGCGAAGUGCUCAUGCCCGCUGUGCAGACUGCUGCUGAAUGUGCCAUCACGAAUGUCAUUCAUGUAAGACCUAGAAUGUCAUUCUCCUAGACCUAGAAUGUCAUUCAUGUAAGACCUAGAAUGUCAUUCUGGAAGCCCCAGUAGACAAAUGCAGUGUCUGUGUCUAUGAUGACGGUUUGUUUUUGUAAUGUUCGACUUCUUCCCUUUCUGGGGAUGUGUGUACUUGUAUAAAAAAUGUUGUUUGUGCACUCAUUUAUAUUAUGUACGGUUCCUCAACCUUACCUGACUGGCCAGGUGACUCGGAAUAGCCAAUCAGUGAUCCCCAAAACACCCCAUGUCCCGCCCCAAUGGACACCCUGACCAAUGGCAAGCUACGGUAGAUAGCUCCUGGCCCAGAUAUUUGAUUGGCCGGAUAUUUCCUGGCUUAGUGAUUUGAUUCUGUGAUCAGUUUGUUGUUCUUUGUGCUGUAUGCGCUGUAUUCUUAUUAGAUGUUGAGCAGCUCAAUAAAUUCAUGUAUUUUACAACA